AUGAAACGACGAUGGGAUGAAUUGGACACUCUCAACUCUGAUAUGCAGUGCUCAUGCAAUUGUGAUUGUGGUGCAAAGAAGAAAAUGCAGCAAUUUAAGGAACAUGAGAGGCUUAUUCAGUUCCUCAUGGGCUUGAAUGAAACAUAUGGAUUGGCUUGGAGAAACAUACUCAUGGUUAAACCUCUACCUUCAGUUAAUCAAGCUUACUCACUUCUCAUACUUGUGGGAUUUCCUGCUGAUUUCAAAUUUACUAAAAACAAAAGGGUUCAAAAUCCUCCAAAAGGAAAUUCAGCCACUGUAGUAGAAGAUACAGGGGAAAUUCAUAGCAACAUGGCAGAAGGACUUCAAUUUUCUCAGAAGCUCUUAUCUGAUCAAUUCAGUCAAUUAGUUAAUCUCCUGAAUCAACUACAAACAGGACAGGGAGCUUCUCAAGAGGUUAAUGCAAAUUCAGCUUCUGGAAUAUUGUUUACUAAUUCUCCAUCCUGUUAUUCAAUUUCCAAUUCUAAUAUUUCCAACUCUUGGAUUAUAGAUUCAGGGGCAACUGAGCAUAUGUCUAGUUCUGGAAAUGUUCUGCAUAUUCCUAGUUUCAAGUACAACUUACUCUCAGGCCCUCUCAUGAAAAGCCCUCAAGUUUUUGGUGAAGCUAAGGAGGAACUUUACUUAUUGGAGCCUAGUGUCACAGCACCUAGAACUUUGUCAUCCAAAAUUGCUAAAUCUUUUUCUAAUUCAGUUUCAGCUAAUAGAUUGUUGCCUGCAUCAUUUUCUAAUUCAGUUUCAGCUUCUUUUCCUUUUCCUAUUUUAACAAAAUCAGAAUCUGAUGUAAAACUCUGGCAUGUAAGAUUGGGGCAUUUGCCUUUUAAUGCAAUGAGAUAUAUCAGUUCCAUUUCAUUUGCCUCUGAUUCCGUGUGUCAUUGUGAUGUUUGUCCAUUAGCAAGACAGUGUAGAUUACCAUUUUCACUCAGUCAUAUCAAAACUAAGCAACCUUUUGAAUUAAUACACAUUGACACAUGGGGUCCUUAUAAGACUCCUACUCACAAUGGAUACAUGUAUUUUCUCACUAUUGUUGGUGAUUUCAGUAGAGCAACUUGGACUUAUCUACUGAGCACAAAGGGUAGUGCAUUUUCAGUUCUAAAAUAUUUUUUGAGCAAUGUGGAAAGACAAUUUAACACUAAGGUCAAGGUUAUCAGGUCAAAUAAUGCUUUGGAAUUGGGAAGCAGCACUGCAGCUUCUUUGUUCUUAUUAUCACAAGGUAUUUUGCAUCAGACUUCAUGUGUGGGAACUCUUCAGCAAAAUGACAUUGUAUUUCCAUCAGGAGUGCUCAAAGGACACACUCCCUAUCAUUUGCUGUUUGGAAAGGCACCUUCCUGUUCUUUCUUAAGGAGUUUUGGUUGUCUUUGUUAUGCCUCUACCUUAUCACAUAACAGAGGGAAGUUUGAUCCUAGAACCACAACAUGUGUAUUCAUGGGAUAUCCUAAUGGUCAAAAAGGAUAUAAAUUAUUGAACCUCACCACCAGGAAUUUGUUUGUCUCCAGGGAUGUUCAUUUCAUUGAACAUAUCUUUCCCUUCUCCCAUAUGUCUCAAGAUAAUCCCUCUAUAUAUCCUGGUUCUACUUUUCCUAUACCUCUUUUCACCUCUGAUGCUCCCUCACAACAUCACUUCACUGUACCACAAGAUUGCUCUACACCUGAUUCUUCACCUAGUUCCUCUUCUCACCAGAAUACUCCCCCUCCUAUUUCUUCUACCUCACCUAUCCCUCCUUCCCCUCCUGUUCCCCUUAGGAGAUCUAGUAGAGAUAAUAUAGGGACUCUACCUAAUUAUCUUAAGGAUUAUGUUUGCAACAACAUAUUUCUCACUGAUGUAACCACUUCUUGUCUCACCUCUACUUGUUCCCCAUCUCCCUUUGCUUUCUCUGCCCUCACUAGCUCUAAUCAACACCUCCUCAAAUCAGUAUCUUCUAUUACAGAACCCACCUCCUACUAUUAG